CCCCUACAGCCACCUCUCCAUCGCAUCGGGCGCGCUGCCGUGUUGCGUGCGCGUCCCCGUAAAGCCAAAAUAAAUAAAUAACUAAAAAGAGGAAAAGGAGAAGAGGAAGAGAGGGAAGGGAGAGAAAGUGAAGGCAUGGCCAGAUAUCACAGCGACAAAAGAGAGAGAGAGCAAUAGAGAGAGGGAGAGAAGGAGGCUGCAGACUUUCAGACCUGAGAGGAAGAGGAGAGGAGGAGGAAGAAGAAGAGGCAGAGGUAGAGGAGUCUCCAUCUUCGCUGUUCCAAUCAUGACUCUGGAGGACGGCUUCUGAAAGUCUGUUGGGUAUAAAGAGUCUUCAGCUUCAGGACCAGCAGCAGAUCGAGGUGGUGCGACACCGAGCUACAGCCAGAUGGAGGUGAAUGCAGUUGAAAAACGCCAUCGAACACGUUCCAAAGGAGUCCGAGCCGCCGUGGAAGCAGUAACACAGGAGUUAUUCAGCUGUCCCACCCCCGGCUGUGAUGGCAGCGGUCACGUCAGCGGGAAGUACGCCAGACACCGCAGUGUCUACGGCUGCCCGCUGGCAAAGAAGAGGAAGGCUCUGGAAAAACAACCCCUGGAGCCAGCUGCCAAGAGGAGGCCCUUCCUCGCCUCCCGCCCGGGCGAGGUGGAGGAGGAGGAGGAGGAUGCCAAUGUCUACACCAACUACGAGACCGAAGCCAUGGAGGUGGGGCAGGAGUCCAAGGAGCAAGGGGAGGUAGUGGAAGAGGACGAGGAGGAGGAAGGGGAAAGGGAAGGAGAUGAGGAGGAGGUGGAGGACGAGUUCUCGGACAACGAGGAGCAGGGGGAGGAAGAAGAGGAGGAGGAGGAGGAAGAGGAAGAAGAAGAGGAGAUAGAGGUGGGGAGGGCGGACGGAGCAAUGGGAGGGGAGCGGGCGCAGGAGGACGAGGACGAGGAGGAGGAAGAGGAGGAGGAGGGGAUGGACGAGGAAGGGGAAGAGGUGGACGACGGCGACGACGAGGAGGAGCCGGAGGACGAGGCCGAGGAGGACGAACAAGAAGACGAGGAGGAGGAGGAGGAAGAGGAGGAGCGGAGUCGCCAGCAAGAGAACCACUACAAACCUGGUGGACAAUCAAAGCACCUUCCAGUUCAGAAGGACGACAACAAUAAUAGCUGCACCAUCGGCGCAGGCACCGGCACCGGAGAGGACUACGAGAACUACGACGAGCUGGUCGCCAAGUCGCUGCUCAACCUCGGUAAGAUCGCGGAGGACGCCGCCUACCAAGCCAUGACCGAGUCGGAGAUGAAUAGCAACUCCUCCAACAGCGCCGGGGAGGACGACGACGACGAGGAGGACGACGGCAGCGAGCAGGGCGACAGGAAGGGCGAACUGAGCGUGGACCUGGACAGCGACGUGGUCCGGGAGACGGUGGACUCCCUGAAGCUCCUGGCGCAGGGUCACGGGGCCAUGCUUCCUGAGGACGGGUAUCCCGAAGGCGCCAUGGCCGACGACGGCACACAUGCGAACGGGCGGGCCUGCAUGGGCGUCCGGGCGGAGGAGAGCGAAGAGGAGGUGUGUCUCAGCAGUCUGGAGUGUCUUAGGAACCAGUGCUUCGACCUGGCUCGGAAGCUGAGUGAGACGCAGCCGUCGGACCGCCCCGCCCUCCAUGCCCUCCACCACCAACUCCAAAACCCAGAUCAGCAGAUGUUGCACCACCUGAACAGCUUACCUUACAGGUAUGACAGCUGCCAGCAGGGUCUAUCGGAGGAGGCCAGGACUCUGGAGCGCAGCUACUCCGACAUGGUGAACCUGAUGAAGCUGGAGGAGCAGCUGAGCCCGGCCUCCAGAGGCUACCCCACCAGCUGCAGCCAGGAGGGCGACGAGGACACCACGUCGGUGGCCUCCGACCGCUCGGACGAGACCUUCGACAUGGCCAAGGGAAACCUGUCGCUGCUGGAGAAGGCCAUCGCCCUGGAAUCGGAGAGGGCUAAGGUCAUGAGGGACAGGAUGGCCUCGGAGCAUGCGCCGCCCCGUCGGGAUCACCACCACCACCACCACCAUCGUGGACACGGCGAGCACAGCCCGAGGCUGAGCAGCUCUGCCGAGGAGCGCAAGUCCAGGAUGCAGCACGAUGGAUUGAAGAGGGCGUACUACCCUAAAGACUCGUCCAGGGGGGAGAAGAAGGAGAGCAAGUGUCCGACGCCGGGCUGCGACGGGACCGGUCACGUGACGGGUCUGUACCCUCAUCACCGCAGCCUGUCUGGAUGUCCCCACAAAGAUCGUGUCCCGCCUGAGAUCCUUGCCAUGUAUGAGAAUGUUUUAAAGUGCCCUACUCCCGGCUGCUCUGGACGGGGUCAUGUCAAUAGCAACAGGAACUCGCAUCGCAGUCUGUCCGGAUGUCCCAUCGCUGCUGCAGAGAAGAUGGCGAAGGUCCACGAGAAGAGUCACACGACCGAAACUGGCAGCAAGACCAAUCAGACGUCAGAUCGCGUCCUCAGGCCGAUGUGUUUCGUCAAGCAGCUGGAGAUUCCUCAGUACGGCUACAAGAACAACGUCCCCACCAGCACGCCGCGGUCCAACUUGGCGAAGGAGCUGGAGAAAUACUCCAAGACCAGCUACGAUUACGGCGGCUACGACGGCCAACAUGGCGGCUACGGAAAGAGAGGCCCGACGAGCAAGUCCCACCACGGCCGAGACACUUCGCCGAAGGGAUACGAUGCUAAGCGCUACUGUAAGACGUCCAGCCCGGCCAGCAGUACGACUAGCAGCUACGCUCCCAGCAGCAGCAGCCUGAGCUGUGGAGGAGGAGGAGGAGGAGGAGGCGGCGGCGGCGGAGGAGGAGGAGGAGGAGGAGGCGGAGGAGGAAGCAGCGCCAGCAGCACCUGCAGCAAGAGCAGCUUUGACUACACUCACGACAUGGAGGCGGCCCACAUGGCGGCCACGGCCAUCCUCAACCUGUCGACGAGGUGCCGGGAGCUCCCGCACGCUCUGGGAGGGAAACCCCAGGACCUGCUGACACAGAGUCCGGUUGGAGAUCUGGACGACGGCGGCGUGGUGGACGUGGCCGGUCAGCCCGGCGGCCCCGAGGGCAGCGGGACGGUGUUGACCCCCCUGCAGCCGAUGUCGCCCCAGCGCCAGGCUCUGCUCAGCAGCCGCUGCUACCAGCUUAGCGACACCGACUGCUGGGACCUGCCCGUGGACUACACCAAGAUCAAACGGCUGGGAGACGACUCGGACCACAAAGAGUCGUCUUAUUUCUCGUCCUUGCACCAGAGCGACGAGCUGGAUCCGUUCCAGGAGCUGCUGGAUGAGCAGCGCUACCCGGCCGAGGUCACCAUGCCCAGCCCCAAACACCACAAGUACCCGCCCUGCAAGGAGAGCAAGAAGGAGCUCAUCACGUUGUCGAGCUGCCAGCUGGCAGACAAGAACAUCCGCGGGAUGAUGACGACCAACUCACAAGAACUCAAGUGUCCAACCCCCGGCUGUGACGGAUCUGGACACAUCACCGGAAACUACGCCUCCCACAGGAGUCUGUCCGGGUGUCCACGGGCCAAGAAGAGCGGCAUCAAAAUCCUCCACAGCAAAGAGGACAAGGACGACCAGGAGCCAAUCAAGUGUCCAGUCCCGGGCUGUGAUGGUCAGGGUCAUGUGACAGGGAAGUACGCCUCCCACCGCAGCGCGUCAGGCUGCCCCCUGGCUGCGAAGAGGCAGAAGGACAGCUACGUCAACGGCUCGCAGUUCGUGUGGAAGUCCGGUAAGACGGACGGGAUGACCUGUCCGACCCCGGGCUGCGACGGCUCGGGACACGUCAGCGGGAGCUUCCUGACCCACCGGAGUCUCUCCGGUUGUCCCCGAGCUACCUCGGCCAUGAAGAAGGCCAGGAUGAGCGGCGUGGAAAUGCUGACAAUCAAGCAAAGAGCGAGCAAAGGCAUCGAGAACGAUGAGGAAAUCAAACAGCUGGAUGAAGAAAUCAAAGAUCUGAACGAGUCCAACAAUCAAGUGGAGUCGGACAUGAUAAAGCUGAGGACACAAAUAACCACCAUGGAGACCAACCUGAAGUCCAUCGAGGAGGAGAACAAGGUGAUCGAGCAGCAGAACGACUCCCUGCUCCACGAGCUGGCCAACCUGAGCCAGUCGCUCAUCAACAGCUUAGCCAACAUCCAGCUUCCACACAUGAGACCGCUGCCACAGAAAGAGGCCCCAGUAAAGCAUAGCUGCUGUUUGCAGAUGCCUCCCAGAGAGCCAAUGAAUGAACAGAACUUUGACACUUACGUGAGUACAUUGACUGACAUGUACACCCACCAGGACCAGUACCAGAGCCCGGAGAACAAAGCGCUGUUGGAGAACAUCAAACAGGCCGUUCAGGGAAUCCAAGUGUAGCCCUGACAGAGGCCGAAAAUAACAAAUGCAAAGCAAAAACAACAUGGAGGAGAGGGGUGGAAAAAUAGUUUAAAAAAUACAAAAAAACAGAGGGGAAUGGGUUGUUUUUUGCUGCUGUAAUCUACCAUAGUUCUUUUAUUUCUUCUGCAGUUAUGCUCUCAACUCCAUGGGUAUCUCUUUUUUAUUAUGUUGAUUGUCGUUGCCUUGCUUUGAAAAACAACGUUUUAAACGAACAUUCACGUUUUGUACAUUUUCAUAUGACCUAAUAUAAUGUGAUGUACUGUUUAUAGCUGCUAAUGUAUGCACAUUCUAGUGUAUAUGUAUGUAUUUAUUUACCGUAAGCUUGAAUUGGGGGUGCUCCGAUCAGCAUUUUUGCGGCUGAUCGCAGGCGGACGACUGUAGGAACGCGAAAUCGGACGAUAUCACUCAUAGUGUGAGGUUCCAAUAAGAGGUUUUUUCUCCGUCAGUUGCUGCGUUUCCAUUACCCCGAGAAAUACACAAAAGCGAAAUAUCACAAUAAAAACUGGUAAAAAUGAUGAGAAUUACAUAUGUACAAAGAGCAAAACUGGACUAAGAUGGACUUUAUUGAUCCCCAUUGGGGAAAUUCAAAUGCUACAGCAGCACAAAAAAACAGUGACCACAAAACUAAUUAAAUAGGACAAACACAAUAGUCAACAAAAAACUACACAAUAACAAAGUGUUGAAAAUAAAGUGACUAUAAAAAUAGACUACAUAUUGGCUCAGUGGGGUCAGAAAUAUUAGAAAUAUCACUUUAAUUUUACGAAAUAGUGUAAUGGAAACGCAGCUACUUUCUCAAGAACCUGGAUAGCUAACAUAGAACAUAGAACAGUCUAUACAUUUGUCCUGUGGGAAAAAACCAAAUAGAUUUUAUUUAUUAUAAAAUAGGAAAAUGUUUGAAAAUAAACAAAAUUUUGCAAUAGAGGGUAUGCAUGUGAUGUCACAGCUAGCUGAAGUCUCCAUGGUUACGGCCACUGAGUGACAG